AUGGCACUAAAAUUUGUUAUCCAUGACCCUAAAGUAACAGUACUUCAUACUCCCAAUAAUUUUUUCGAAACCUUAAAAAAAAUAUUUAAUAGUUCAAAGGAAAGAAUAAUGAUUAGUUCUUUAUAUAUAGGAACAGGGGAACUUGAAAAGGAACUAAUAAAUAAUAUAAUAAAUAAUAAAAAUAUAAAAAAUAUAAAAAUAGAUAUAUUAUUAGAUAAACAAAGAGGAACAAGACCAGAAGGAAAACUUAAUGAAACAUCUGUAGACAUAUUAUCAAAAUUAUUUAAAUAUGGAAAUAAUAUAAAUAUAAAUUUAUUUCAUAACCCAUUAUUAGGUGCUAUGCUAUAUAAUAUAUUACCAUAUAGAGUGAAUGAAACAAUAGGUGUUAUGCAUAUGAAAAUAUAUAUUGGUGAUGAUAUGGUUAUAAUAUCUGGAGCAAAUAUUAGUGAUAGUUAUUUAACAAAUCGAAAAGAUAGACAUUUUGUAAUCGAAAAUAAAUUCUUAGCAAAUUCAAUAUAUAAAAUUGUUAAUUGUGUGCAAGAAAUGUCAUUCUCUUUAAAUAGAAAUUUAACUAUUGAUUGGAAAAGUGAUUUAAUAAACCCUUUGAUAGAAUCUUAUUUAUUUAGAGAACAAUUUUAUAGAAGAAUUAAAUUUAUUUUAAGAGAAAUCCAAAAAGAUAUCUUAGAUUAUAAUAUUAAUAAUUUUGGUAACGAUUUAUUUAUUCACUAUAAUGAACAUACACAUGAUAAUAAUAUUUCUGAAAAUGGUGACAAAAAAAAUGAUAACUUUUUUUACCCUUUAUAUGAAAAAAAAAAUAUAUUAACAAUUGAACUAGGUUUGCAAUGUCCAUUUUCAAUUCCACCAAUUUAUGAUGAAACUGAUAUGCUUGAAGAUUUGCUAAAAAAUGUUGAAAAAUAUGAUCAAAAUUUAAUCGUUGCAUCGGCAUAUUUAAAUUUUACUACACCCUUUUUGAAAUUACUUCAACGUAUUUAUGAUAAUUUAUUUUUAAAAAAUGGGAAAAUUAAUUUUAUUACAGCUGCACCAUCAUCUAAUAGCUUUUAUAAAUCAAAAGGAAUAAGUUAUUAUGCACCUCUUGCUUAUAGUAUUAUUGCGGAUACAUGUAUUGAAUUUGUGACAUCAAAUUUUAUUAAUUUAUUUAAAAAUGUAAAAAAAACACCUAAUUUAAAACAAAAAUUAAAUAAUGCAACAAAUAUAUAUAUGGAAUAUCAUAAACCAGAAUGGACAUUUCAUUCAAAGGGAAUGUGGAUAAUUGAUCAUUUGGAAAAUAACAAAAAUGAUCAAAUACAUGUAUGUUCAGAAAAAUGUGAACAAAAUAUUAACAAAUUAGAAAAUAAAUGUUACAAUUUGGAAAAUUGCCUGAACAUGUCAGAAUUUUGUGAAUAUAAAAAAAGUGUGUAUAAAAAAAUUUUAAAUGAUGAAAAUGAUAAUAAUGAUGAUAUAAACAAAUUAUUAGAAACCCCUGAAUAUAUGCCAUGGGGAACAGUCAUAGGAAGUUCAAAUUAUGGUCAUAGAGCUUCAUAUAGAGAUUUAGAAAUGGGAUUUAUAAUUAAAACAAAUGAUCCAUAUUUAAAAAAACAAUUUCAAGAAGAAUUAAAUAAUAUUUACAAGUCAUCAAAAUAUGUAAAUAUGAUUGAACUUAAAUUAAGAUAUUCACAUUGGCUAAGAUAUAUAGUCAAUUUUUUUUUUAAAUGGAUCUUAUAA